CCAGAGAUCUCGCGAGAACAAAUAUGGAUGCGCCCAUGUAGCUUUGGGUAAAAUCUGUAUGUCUAUCUUAUUUGAAUUGUUCACAGUGAUUACGAAGACGGUGUCCCGUGUAUAUUAAAUCCUGUAAAGUUUAUGUCAUGGCAGACUCAUAUUCUUUGGUAAAAGGCGGCAAACUUAAACUGAAAGGACACAAAAGUCACAAGAAACACAAGAAGGAGAAAAGGAAGAGGAAGCGAGAUGAUGAUUCUGAUGGUGAAGUUGUGAAAGAUGAAGAUGCUGUGAAACAUGGUGGCUGGUGGGAAAUGAAGAACUUUGAGGAAAUUGCCAAGGCAGGAAGCAGUGCUAUUGAAAUGGGAAAUAUGGCUUAUAUGUUAGCUUUAGACAAUGGUUUGUUUACAGUAGGACCGACACGAGAGAUAGGAGAAGGUCCUAAUCCUGAGGAGAUUUUGACAGCCAUUAAGGUUACAGACACCAAGAUUGCCCUGAAGUCUGGCUAUGAUAAGUAUAUCUCAGUGGACUCUGUUGGAAGAGUUGCAGGCAGAUCUGAUGCUAUUGGUUCCAGAGAGCAGUGGGAGCCAAUAUUUCAGGAUGGAAAACUUGCGUUGCUUGGCUGCAAUGACUGCUUUGUAGGAGUUGAUGAAGAAGGAGAUGUAGUUUGUAAGAGCAAAGUUGCUGGGGAGAGUGAAAUUGUCAAGAUGCGCUGUUGCCUGUCUAGAGAAGUUGAUCCAAAAGCCAACAUACCAUUAGAGGAAAGAGGAAAGAUAAAAGAUGCUGAAAUCAACUAUGUGAAGAAAUUCCAAAGUUUUCAAGACCGAAAGUUAAAGAUAUCAAAAGAGGACAUUAAAGUUCUGAAAAAGGCUAAGAAGAGUGGAGAACUCCAUGAAGCAAUGUUAGACAGGAGAGAGAAAAUGAAAGCUGACAGAUACUGCAAGUAAAAAGUUGAGGCCGUAUGUUCUUGGAGUUGACAAUUUUUAAUUCUUUUAAUGUUGAAAUAUGGAUUGCAUAAACAUUUACAUAUUUUGUAAACCUCUUCAUCAUUUUUUUACCUCAUGUUCUGCAAUGUAAGAGUUGAAUAUGGGAUUAUUAAAAAGACGAAGAAAGCACUCGGAGAGCGUAGAACGACGCCAUGGACCCUGCACUGAUAAAUUGCACAAGGUCAAUGUCAUUGGUCCCAUCUGGCACUAGCAGACAUGGGAAAACUGCCUAUCAGAGCCGUCACACUGCCUGAAAAGUCAGGUCCUCCCAAGAUUUUUGAUAAUACAGGUCCUCUGGACUGGCAAAGUUUAUGUGAAAAUACAAUAAAUCAAAAUAAACCACAUGUAAACAUAGGCUGAUGGAAAUGAAUCACCAACUCAGACCAGCACAUAUUUAGGACCUGCAGACUUCCCCGUGUCUGGCAGUAGAGAAAAAAUCCUUUUGAAAUUUUGGAUUCAGACAAUUAUCUGGACCAUGGAUCACCACUAAAAUCUAUUCACUUUCAAGUUAACUUAUUUCUGAUGUAUUCGAAACUUUUCGAGUUGGGCUCGUGACAGAUAUGCAGAUACAGAGGUGAAAACAAAAUCUCCUUGGUAUCGCUCAUAGCAAAAAUAACAGUACUAGCACUUGGUUGCAAUAUAGUUUUCAUAUUUUAUUGUAUUUUUGUACAGAUAUCUACAGUAAUAACAAUAAAGAUUUAUGUACAAAUGUU